AUGAUAUCAAUCGCAAUCAUCGGCGGUGGUUGGAGCGGAUGCCACACAGCGCUGGAGCUGGCCAACGCAGGACAUCAUGUCACCAUCAUCGAGAAAGGCUCUGAACUGUUCAAUGGCGUCUCUGGCCAGUUUGGGAUUCGAAUCCACAAAGGUCCGCAUUACCCCAGGUCUUCAGGGACCAGGGAUAGCUGCCGACGGACGUUUGAGUCUUUCUGCCUGAAGUACCCCGAGAUUGUGGUGCCGGUCGAGCCUGCCAUCUAUGCGCUUGCCGGCAAGGACUCGAUGGGCCGCGAGUCCAAGGUCGACGCCGAGACCUUUGGCGACGUCUGCCGCGAGUCGAAGGAGUGCCUGCCCGUUGACAUCGCUCACUGCUGGCCAGGCAGUGAGCUCGAGGUUGCCUACAAGCUCGACGAGCCCUGCGCUGUUCUGAAUCCGUACUUGAAGCACUACUUCCGCGAGAAGCUGUCCAGCGCCGGCAUCAGCAUCCGGCUGAACGACGAGGUCACCGGUGUCCGUCGGGUCGGCGACCGAUACUGCAUUUCAACCUCCACUCGCGACGGGGCCUGGUUCGGCAAGGUCAUCAAUGCAACCGGUUACGCCUCUGCCCUGCCUGACGGCCUCCUCUCGAAUCUCCCCAUCAAGCUCAACAUCCAGUACCAGGCUUGCACCGCUCUGAGCUACACCGACAGCACCCCCGGGCAGUCGCCCAUCUCCUUCAUCGUCAUGGAUGGCUGGUUUCCCUGCCUGAUGCCUUGUCUCAGCGACCCCAAGAAGGUUGGAGACUACGUGCUGACCCACGGUGCAUACACCAUCCUGGGGUCGUACGACACCCCCGCCGAAGCUGGAGCCUGUCUUUCCGGUCUCGCGCCUGACUUCAUGGAAGGUCAGGUCAGACCGAAGCUGGAAGAGCAGAUGGAGCGCUUCUGGCCGGGGUUUACCAAGCGGUUCCAUUACACGGGUUGGAAGGGCUCCGUGCUGCCCAAGAUGGUGACCGACACCGAGUUCCGCAGUUCCGUUGUCUUUGAAGCAGAUGGCGUCGUCUAUAUCUUCCCCGGAAAGAUCUCGAAUGUUGUUGAUGCGGCCGAAGAGGUGUUUGCUCUGAUUGAUGGGUCUGAAGCCAAGGUCAUCCGGACCGAUGGGUAUGGGUAUGCACGCGAUUCAGAGCUAAGUCGGAGCCGCAAGGAGAUCGAGAUGCUGCCCCUUGCAAAGGACCGGAAUACCUGCUUCUUGCAGACUCAUCGCGAGCUGUGCAUCAAGGCAUGA